AUGACCGCGAAUACGACUGCGCAAGCUGAGGCUGUCCGAAAGGGAGUCGGAGGAAAAUCGGAGAUGAUUGACCUUUCCGGUUCGGACGCGCCGCUCCGCUUCACAGGCACUGUCGUGCGCCGUGUUGGAGAACAAUUUCCUGAAUGCUAUGCGGCGACAGCUAAAGUCCAGUUGAUUAGUAACUUCAUCCCCGCAGUGCUGACCGGUAACGCCGAGGUGCCUAUUGAUUACGGAAACGGAUGUGGGAUGUCGCUUAUGAACUAUCGGAGCAAGGUGUGGGAUGCCGCACUAUUGGCAGCGACCGCGGACGGCUUACCGGGUGGUAUGGAAGCACUCCAAUCGAAAUUGCCCACGCUCGCACGUCCAGAUUCCAUUGUGGGGAGUCUCGCCGCGUAUUACAUAGAGAAAUAUGGCUUCGAUGGCCGCUGCGCGGUGAUCGCGGGUUCUGGCGACAAUCCGCAGUCGAAAGUGCCUGUUGCCGGAGAUUUGCUUAGCCUCGGAACCAGUUUCGUCAACAUGGUGUCAACCGACGGGGAUACGCUCGACCCAGAGGGAUUUGCCAACGCAAUGUACGAUGGCAUCAACCGUCCGUUUAUGUUCGGAUGUCGCACAAACGGUGCAAUGGUAUGGGAUGCCGUGAGGAGUCAUUACGGCUUGGCGAAAGAGGAAUACGCGCCCGCAGAAGUUGCGUUGCAGACAGUUGUCCCCGGACAGUUUAUGACUUUUUGGCAACCUAAGACUGAGUCCUUUCCAGUCUCUGGUGCGUUUGAGUUAAUCCGCGCCACCGCACAAUCCACAUUAGCAGAAGAUUAUACCGGUAUUAUUGAAACGAGCCUCGCCGCAGUUUACAUUUACUCCGCUGUCUUCACAAAGCAGACGCAGGAACCGUUGUUUGUAACGGGCGGCGCAACAGACAGUCCUGAAAUCAUGCGGCGUGUCGCGGGAAUCUGGAAUAGACCGACGCUUCCGGUAGAGAAAGGCGGUGCGGCACUCGGUGCGGCUGUAGCAGGGGUCAAGGCCCUUUUUGACGCAGAUUCCGAUACGGAGACAGAGUCUUUUGAUAUUGAGGCGUUCAGUACGGCGGUCUUGAAGCGCGGUGAACCGAUCCAACCGAAUCCUGCAGACGUUGCCGCCUAUCAUGGUGAGGGGAAAUACCUCCAGCAGUUUCAGGAGAAAUACGAGCAAAUCCUGGUAGAUUUUUAA